GCAAAGAAUUUCUUGGUCUUAAUCUCGGUACUUGGUCCUGGGGGUCCAACAGCCAGGAUACAAUAACAACCACGACCAAACGACAUUCCCCUGGCGUUGCAAACAUCUUCUUUGCUACUGACCUCCGUGCUAUCUGUUCUGUUUCCAUCAAGCGACCGGUGAGGCGUGCGCAGACUCUGCACAGCCGCCGAUCGCGUCACCAGGUCAUAUCAGUUGGCCCUCCCUCCGGCUGCGCGCAUGUGCUCGGUCUGAGUGAGCAAUCCAGGCAUCCAGGUCAGAACAUAGAUGCACAAAAGACAAACAAUGCCAGCUCGACGCGGUCGUCCCUAUCCAUAAGGCCAAAACACACCUCGCAGGUGCUCGUCAACCAUGGCCUUCAACUUCAACUGGUCGCCCUUGUCCACGGACGCCGGCUUCCUACCGCGCGCCCAAGAACUCCUCACCAAUGCUCUCAAUCGAGCCGACCCUAAGCCUGCCAUCAUUGUCGACGACAUAAUCGUCAAUGAACUCAACCUGGGAGAUGUUCCUCCCGAGCUGGAGAUUUUGGAGAUCGGCGAUUUGGCAGAGGAUAGAUUCCGUGGAACUUUCAAGAUGAUGUACAAUGGGAACGCAUAUCUCACUCUCAAGACAAAAGUUCAAGCAAAUCCAUUGAACACAUACCUACGCACUCGCUCCGCGUUUGCUACACCACGACCCUUGGCUGCCGACACCGGUCUGACCAUACCACUUCAAAUCACCCUGUCCGAGUUCCGCUUGUCCGGCUUCAUUAUUCUUGUCUUUUCGAGACAGAAAGGGUUGACUCUGGUCUUUCGCAACGACCCUCUGGAGUCUCUACGCGUCUCCUCUACUUUUGACUCGAUACCUUUCGUUGCAAACUUCCUUCAAAAGGAGAUUGAAACCCAGCUACGCGGGCUGUUGAUGGACGAGCUGCCUGCUAUCAUCCAUCGACUUUCACUGCAGUUGUUAGUACCCGAGGAUAAAGCACGGGAGGAACGUCAGCUUGGGGCCACACAGAUAUCAAAAGAUGAAGUCGUGGUUGAUCCGUUGGCCAGUCCACCGCAAGACCCGGUCGACUCUACCGGCGCAGUGUUGACCCCGGCAGAAGUUGCAUCUUUAUCACUGGAUUCGUCGGUCGAGACGCAGUCAUUGUUUUCACGAAAGAAUCUCCUAAGAUUAGCUACCUUGACUGAUUCACACCGAACUUUGUCUUUGUUCACUCCAUCCAUUCGAGAUGCUGUUUUCCGUGCCUGGACCGGUCCAUUGGAACGAGGAGAGAUGACGGGCCUUCUGACCCGAACAACAACCCCAGCCCUGUCUCGCAGCCACUCGUACGCUGGGAGUCUCAGCACGUCGACGGCAUAUACCUUUGAUAGCGGAUGGUCUCGGCCACCUUUGUCGAGCUUCGCUUCUUCAGGCCACGGUCUGAGCAUGAGUGGUGGAAGACACGGGCAAGCACACAGAGCGCGCAGGAGGAAGAAGCGUGUAGUCGACCUGCGGCCUCAUCCGGAAACUGGGGAGCCUGAAUUGGUCGUCGAAGAUAGUUCAACAGCUGAUUCCACGAGUGUGUCGGAAAGCACAUCGACUGCAGCGUCCGUCUUCUCGGCACCCGCCGCCACCACCACCAUGUCUUCUGAUCCAACCCAAAGUGUCAAUCCUGUGACCCCGCCGAGAAGCCCUGUGGCAAUCAAGCGAGCAGCAACGUUCGAACCGAUCCGCCAGGGAGGGAUGCGGAGUGUCAGUGAAGGCACGCCCGCUCAGGAGUCCAUGGAUCAGAUCGAGGAACCCUCCUUGGACAUCCACCAAACACCCCGAGCUACGGAUCCUAACGCCACCAUUCGGCUUCGGACUCGAAGAACACUUCCUACUGCUUGCGAUGACGAUGAGACACCUCGAGCUUCGAUGUAUCUACUCGAUCAGAAGGAGCCACCCAUGUCUCAACAGCCGGCCGAACCUAAGGUUGUUGUCAGCGAGAAAGCUGAGCUCCACUCCAUCCCAGGCCCGUCGCGGCCAGCCCUUCCGAAUUUCCUUCAGUUUGUCGCCGACCCGUCAAAUGCAGGCAGCAUUGCAGAGCGUGCCUGGAUGAUGAAAAUGGCGAACGAGAUGGCGCAGCGGUAUGAAGAAGAAAGACUUAAAGGCAGCUUUGGACCAGUGUCCCGUGAAGAAGAGGCGAAUCCUCCUCCAGCCUACGCGCGAUAAUGCUUUUGGGGCACUUUUGAUUUUCCUUGAGCGAUGCUUUCAGACUAAAAGUUUGCGUUUCUUUUCUUGUGUACCACCAACUAAUGGCGUGAUGAGGAUACGAUGUUGAUGUAGAUAGAUUCAGACUCCUACGAGGCUCAGGAUCCUCUCGGAGGUCCAGAGAGCUGGGAUUACUACUAUUUCUAUGUACCGUUGUUUUGUGUACACGAUCUCAACGAUAUCAACAAGUCUCUGAAGAAUUGGUUCUUUACCCUUUUCGUCGCACAUUGCUGUUUAAUGUGGCCAGAGCCUUCCCCAAGUCGGUAUUUCUCCUGGAUUUUGGGAUUACUUGGUGACCUGGUCG